AUUAAUAAUCUGUAUCAUAGCUCCUAUCGCCUACCAUAAUUGGUAACUUGUUUGUGCACGGUUGAGUUCACAUUUGCUGUCUUUCAAGGCAGACAGCGCGACGCUUUCCCUGCUGUUGCCUUAAAAAUGUCUCUUACUACGCAAUCCCUCCGACGGACAAACUAUGAAGCAGAAAUGACACAGCCCCAAAUUCCGCCCGCGGGCAUUACGGGGAAGCUGCACGAGACAGCUAAAGAUGCCCUCACGUGGAAUGAUGAGCGUCCAUCAACUCCAGAUGACAUUAAGAAGUACCGGCAAAGCACGGUGCACGAGCCGGGUAAAAUCGUGCGGCACCCGGGCCAUGCGGACGACCCGGUGCCGCAGGGUCCCUUCGGCGUUAAGUCGGCAGCGUCGGGCGGCCAGAACAUUAAUGAGGCACUAAAGAACUACCCUGACUCAGAGCUAGCGCGGUGGAAGCUGGAGCAGGCGGAGGGCGUUUAUGCCAGUGCCCAGCGCGAGCCGCUGGGGGCGGGCUACGUGCGCGGCCACCGGCUGCCCGAGGGGCUGGGCAGCGAGCGCCCCUUCGGCGUCACCUACGACGCACGGGGCAAGGACCUGUCCCGCCAGGCCGCCGCCGUCAUCUUCCCCACCGACCGGCCCGCGGAGGAGGACGCCGCCACCCGGGCCAUGUACACACGCAGCCACCAGGACUUCCAGCCCGGCGAGCAGCGGCGGCGGGAUUACAACUGGGAUGCUGCGGGCAUCGACCCGGCGCAGCACCGCUUCGGCGCGGUGGACAGGAACGGGGUGGGCGACGGCGUGCGCAAGGCGCUGCAGCCGGGGCUGGACCCCAGCCUGCAGGCUCCCAAGGUGCUGCCCAAGCUGCACGAGGACUUCAAGGCCACUGCCACCGACUACCUGGGCCGCCCGCGCCAGCUGGGCACUGGCGACCGGCCGCAGCUGGCGCCCGACCACGCCUUCGGCCAGCCCUCCAUGCGCAAGGGCCGCGAGCCGGGUGUGGGCGAGCUGCUGACGGGUCGCUUUGGCGCGGACGAGCAGCAGCCAGACGCAGACCUGGGCAAGAGCCUGCGGGAGGGCUACAGGAACCAGCCCAAGCCCGGCGACGAGGGCCGCGCCUUCGGAGUGCCCACCAUCCGCACCGACGUGCGCCUGCCGCGGCUGCGCUCCGUGGCCAACGCCUGCAACUACGGCAACGAGCCGGACGCGGGCCAGGUGCUGCGGCCGCCGCGGGCCGCGGACCUGGGCAUCAGCGACGAGGCGUUCGUGGCGCUCAGGCCCAAGUCCGAGCUGCGCCAGCUGGUGGACGAGGCGGGCCUGGCGCUCAGCGACGCCGACUUCGAGGCAGCCUGGGCGCUGGCAGCGGAGGCAGACGGCGGCGCGGCGGCGGCGGGUGAGGGCGGCGGCGCGGCGGAGGGGCCGGAGGGGCGGGCCUGCGUGGACACCUUCUUCCGGGCGCGGCACCACCUGCUGGCGCAGACGCUGCAGAUCGAACCAACCUUCUGAAUGGGCGCUUGUGGGGCAUUGCGUUGUGUUACUUGCAUAAGUGGCAUCUGGCCAGACACAGGCGGUGUGGUUGGUGUUCCAGACUGUAGGUGCGGGGUGCGGCAGGAGGGGCUUGUUCUAGUGCGUACAUGCUGCCGGAGGUGCCGGAGGCUCCGCCCGAUGGCAACAGCGGGCUGAAUAAGCCGCCUUGUCCAUGCGGUGUGAAGGCAUGCGUGCGCGGUGUUGCAGCGGCGUGGUUUUACAUUCAUGUCCACAAUGCUGUGAUUGUAGUACAGGACCCCCUAAAGGGGGGGGGUCCGGGCAGGGGUCAAGACUGCGAGGGGUCGAUAUCUGCUGGGGGCUCUGCGCACCGAGGUGGUGGCGGGUUGGCGGUGUCACCGCUGUGAUGCCAUAAUGGUUCGGAGUUCUUCGAUGUGCCAGUGACCAAGAUCACGUGGCACGUGCUCGAUGACUGACCUGUUUGCACGGUCUGUGUAAGACGUUGACGUG